AUGGGGAAAGUUUCUAAGCGAUUAGGGUUAUUGGUUUUGAUGCUUGUGUUGCUCAUUAUUGGAGUAGCAGAAUGUAGGAGACUUGAGAAGGAGACUUUAGGAGGUGGUGGUGCUGGAGGUGGGUUUGGUGGUGGAAAAGGCGGUGGUGGUGGUCUUGGAGGAGGAGCUGGUGGAGGCUUUGGUGGUGGUGCUGGUGGAGGCAAAGGUGGUGGUCUAGGUGGAGGCCACGGUGGUGGUGUUGGAGGAGGAUUCGGUGGUGGUGCUGGUGGAGGUAAAGGUGGUGGUCUUGGUGGUGGUGGUGGCGUUGGAGGAGGCCACGGUGGUGGUGUUGGAGGAGGGUUCGGUGGUGGUGCUGGUGGAGGCAAAGGUGGUGGUUUAGGUGGAGGUCACGGUGGUGGUGUUGGAGGAGGAUUUGGUGGUGGUGCUGGUGGAGGCAAAGGUGGUGGCGUCGGAGGAGGCCAUGGUGGUGGUGCUGGAGGAGGAUUUGGUGGUGGUGUUGGAGGCCAUGGUGGUGGUGCUGGUGGAGGGUUCGGUGGUGGUGCUGGUGGAGGACAUGGUGGUGGUGCUGGAGGAGGAUUUGGCGGUGGAGCUGGUGGAGGUCACGGUGGUGGUGCUGGAGGAGGAUUCGGCGGUGGUGCAGGUGGAGGCCACGGUGGAGGAGCUGGUGGAGGUUUUGGCGGUGGUGCAGGAGGAGGCCAUGCUGGCGGUGGUGGUGCUGGUGGAGGGUUUGGUGGUGGUGCCGGAGGAGGCGGUGGUGGUGGAUUUUGA